AUGUACGAUCAGCGGAAGCCUUCACUCUCUUCAACGCCCGCUGCUUUCAUCACUAAGGGCAUCCUCUCCCACACCACAAGCGUCUCCACUCCUGACGAACUUCCUGCCACUUCAUCUUUAGGCGGUUACUUUUCACUGUCACGUUCUGCAUCAAACAAGAAAAGGCGACCUUCAGUUGCUGAGAUCCCUCCAGUGUAUCUAUACCAAGGACCACCGCCUACUGGCCCUCCUCCUAGUUCCUCAGGGAAGGGGAUGUUUUCCCGUAGCAAUACAUCAAGAGGAGGCGACUUCGUUAAUGCUAGUACUUCUGCACCUAAUGGGGGAGUAGCAGUAAGUUCAGGUGGUGGAGGAGGCUCAAUGGGGGCUGGACCUCAAAGUCCAAAUGCGUUAUAUGAGACGCUGCAUGAGUUAGCUAUGAAAAGAAUCGCAACCCUUGAUUAUUUACGGAGAGCACAUGAGGGCAGAGUUUAUUGGUUUAAUACCAUGUUGUUCACAAAGGCUGAUUUACAACGAACGGUGUAUCAUGACCAUAAAAAACUCACAAGAAGAGCAAAUAAUUACUUCAUACUUGGCAAUUCGCUUCCUGCUAUACUUGAUCUUGGAACAUCUUCGCCUCUCGACUAUCUUAAAGCUUUCAACCAUCUUCUUCAGGAAUACGAAACCCACAUUGCUCUUCCCCCUUCGCGCCAGCCCACCCGGGGCCAUUCAUCAAGCAUAUCAUCCUCACAUAGCCAUCACCAUCCUAUUAGCACAUCUGCCUUGAGUUUAGGAAGACUCCCUAAACUCUUCUCUCGGUCAUCAUCCAAGCCUCGUCGUGGCUCUUCCGCCAAUACGCCACUAACAAUGACUCCUGCCAUCACUCCACCGUCCACUGCAGCUGACAAUGUUUCUUUAUUCUUAGAGCGGACCCGCUCUGCAUCUGGAAACUCCACUACCCUUCCAAGUAUGCCUCCAACAAGUAGCGGUGGUUAUCCUAAUAGCAAUCUCUCUUCUUAUAAUUCCAACCUUUCUACCACACCGGCAACAUCAACAACCGAACUUGAUCUCCUUCCCCCACUACCUAUGACUUCUAGUACUGGGACCCCGCCAUUACCUACAAGCAAUCCCAUGUUUCCUCCUCCUAUAAUGAACGGCGAUAUAUAUCUUUAUCUCUCAACACCAGCACUACCGUUCGAACCGGACUACUACGAAACCUUUUCAACGCUAUGCGAUGUAUUGAUUGAUGCAUAUCAACGAGUACUAGGCCUGGUUGGUGCGCCAGAUUCAUGCAAUCAGUUGGUUUACGAAGCAUUUAUGAAAGCGGAUACGAAGGUGAAAAAAGUAGUAGUUACAGGAGUGGUUAAAGAAUUUGAGGAGGCCUGCAAAGCUGCGGUGAAAAGGGAGAUUGGAGGCUUGGGAAAAGAGAUCUUGGGAGGAUUGCUGUAA